AUGGACAACUCCUGCCUCCUCGACCUCCUCAUCAGGUGCUUCGCGAUGACCGAGCCCGAGGACCUCAACUUCACCGCGUUCACCGACCUGUGCCGCCUCUGCUCGCUCAAGAGCGGGCCUCGCCUUCACAUAUUCGACAAGGAGUCCGAGCAGCGACAGAUACUGUUCAAGCUGCGGACUUGCUUGCCCACUAUGCAGAUAUCGAAGGACGACUUUCUGCCAAAAAAGAUCUGCGAGCGGUGCGUCACGAGGCUUGAACAACUGUACGAGUGGCGUCAAAGUUGCCUUAACACGGACUCCGUGUUGCGAAAUUAUGCUGAAUCUAUGAGAAUCGUCACUUCUACUAUUAAUUUUCAGGAUGGCACAGUCAAUAUGGAUAAAAUGACAGAAGCACAAAAAACGGCAUACUUAGAGGCACACGUAGCGGUACAACAACAUAUGGCUCAGGCUGCUGCUGCUGCUAGACGUGAACAACAACAGCAACAGCAGCAGCAACAGCAACAACAACAACAGCAGCAGCAACAACAGCAACAACAGCAGCAGCAGCAGCAACAACAACAGCAACAGCAACAACAGCAGCAGCAACAACAACAACAUCAACAGCACCAACAGCAGCAGCAGCAACAACAACAACAGCAGCAGCAGCAACAACAGCAACAGCAAGCAAAUAACAAUAAUAAUUCAUCGCGUCAUCAUCAAGAAAUGCAACAAGCCCAAAGCAAUACACAUCCCGGUCAUCCAUCGCCACCCACAGUUAGUUCAACUCAACAUCAUUAUGCUACAAUAAAUUCUCCUAUAAAAGUACCUCAAGUAAGUUCCAGCACUGGUGGACCGGACUCUACGUUUACAGUCCCAGACGAUGUAGGAAUGGGUUUCGAGGGAGGAGUUCGCGUAUUACAAAGUCUUGGAAAUUGGUCACCUGAGGUAACAAAUAACAUACCAAGACCAAAUUUAAUACCCUUUACCGAACCAUAUGCAGAAGGUGGAUCAAUGCAUCCAGGAACAAGACUUAAAGCUCUACAAGGAACCGUUGUUAGGAAACACCCAGCUAUUAAACCAACUAGUUCUACUAACGAAGGAAAUAAAGCAUUCGAAUGCACUGUUUGUGGUAAAGGAUUAGCACGUAAAGACAAAUUAACAAUACAUAUGAGGAUACACACAGGUGAAAAGCCUUAUGUUUGUGAAGUCUGUAACAAAGCGUUUGCACGAAGAGACAAGCUUGUACUUCAUAUGAAUAAAUUAAAACAUAUAACGCCAUCAAAUAUAGCACCUUUAGGAAAACGAACGAUUACAAUACCCCCUCUCAAAUUAGAUGACGUUAAGCCUCAAUUGACAAAACAAGAAGAUACAAAGCCAAGCCAAGCUGAGAUUGCAGCUGUAGCACAACAACAGCAACAACAGCAGCAGCAACAGCAACAGCAGCAACAACAACAUGCACACCAGCAGCCUAUACAGGUCUGCCAGGUACCUGGACACAACUUUACGAACACAAAUCUAGUGCAUACGAAUGCUGCAACGGCAGCUGUGGCGGCGGCGACAGCCGGCAUGGUGGUGUCGUGGUCGUGUGAGCUGUGUGGCAGAUUGUUCGCAACGAGGGACGAGUGGAGUGCACACGCCAAGUCACAUCUCCCCGAUAAUAAGUUACUACAAGAUAAAAUGCAACAAGCUUCUCAACAUCAGCAACAAGAAAAAGUUCAUUUAACAAACCAAGAGAAAUUGCAACUUCUCCAUCACCACAACCAAAACCAGCAGAUAUUGAACGGUCACGGGAUAUCUACGGCGUCAGUGUCGACGGCCACCGUGGUGAACGAGGGGGGAGGAGGGGGUGCGUACUUUACACAUGGGCACACGCACUACGCACCCGAGAGACAACACACACACGCACACCAUCUGUGCCUAAUGUGCCGACAGGAGUUUGCUGGUAAAGCAGAGUUUAUGUUCCAUGUUAGAGGUCAUUUUGAAGGUAAAGUGAGUGAUAUAGCGGCCGCAGACGUCCUCGCGCGCUCCCUUGUGGACAACUCGGGGCUGUGCACC